UGGGAGAGGGCGGAGGGGGAGGCGCCAGGAGGAGGGGGACGCAGGGGGCGGAGCGGAGACGGCACCUUCGCAGAUAAUCCUUCCUCCUGCCGCAGAGGAGAGGAGCGGCAGGAGCGAGACGCUUCACGGAGGCACAGCGGGCCCGCAGGAUGGCGACCGUGGUGGUGGAAGCCACCGAGCCGGAGCCAUCCGGCAGCAUCGCCAACCCACCGGCGACCACCUCGCCUAGCCUGUCGCACCGCUUCCUCGACAGCAAGUUCUACUUGCUGGUGGUCGUCGGCGAGAUCGUGACAGAGGAGCACCUGCGGCGCGCCAUCGGCAAUAUCGAGCUCGGAAUCCGAUCAUGGGACACAAACCUGAUUGAAUGCAACUUGGACCAAGAACUCAAACUUUUUGUAUCUCGACAUUCUGCAAGAUUCUCUCCUGAAGUUCCAGGACAAAAGAUCCUUCAUCACCGAAGUGACGUUUUAGAAACAGUGGUCCUGAUCAACCCUUCUGAUGAAGCAGUCAGCACUGAGGUGCGCCUGAUGAUCACCGAUGCUGCGCGACACAAGCUGCUCGUGCUGACCGGGCAGUGCUUUGAGAAUACCGGAGAGCUCAUUCUCCAGUCUGGCUCUUUCUCCUUCCAGAACUUCAUAGAGAUUUUCACCGAUCAAGAGAUUGGCGAGUUACUGAGCACCACCCAUCCUGCCAACAAAGCCAGCUUAACCUUGUUUUGUCCCGAAGAAGGGGACUGGAAGAACUCCAAUCUUGACAGACACAAUCUCCAAGACUUCAUCAACAUUAAACUCAACUCAGCUUCUAUAUUGCCAGAAAUGGAAGGACUUUCUGAGUUUACUGAGUAUCUCUCAGAAUCAGUGGAAGUCCCAUCUCCCUUUGACAUCCUGGAACCUCCCACAUCAGGUGGAUUUCUAAAGCUCUCCAAGCCCUGCUGUUACAUUUUUCCAGGAGGGAGAGGCGAUUCUGCCUUGUUUGCAGUAAAUGGAUUCAAUAUGCUCAUCAACGGAGGAUCAGAAAGAAAAUCCUGCUUCUGGAAGCUCAUCCGACACUUGGACCGAGUGGACUCCAUCCUGCUCACCCACAUUGGGGAUGACAAUUUGCCUGGAAUAAACAGCAUGCUACAGCGGAAAAUUGCAGAGCUGGAGGAAGAACAGUCCCAGGGCUCCACCACAAAUAGUGACUGGAUGAAAAACCUCAUCUCCCCUGACUUAGGAGUUGUAUUUCUCAACGUACCUGAAAACCUGAAAAACCCAGAUCCAAACAUCAAAAUGAAGAGAAGCAUAGAGGAAGCUUGCUUCACUCUCCAGUACCUGAACAAAUUGUCCAUGAAACCAGAGCCUCUGUUUAGAAGUGUAGGCAAUACCAUUGAUCCUGUCAUUCUUUUCCAAAAAAUGGGAGUGGGCAAACUUGAGAUGUAUGUGCUUAACCCAGUCAAGAGCAGCAAGGAAAUGCAGUAUUUUAUGCAGCAGUGGACUGGCACCAACAAAGACAAGGCUGAACUAAUCCUGCCUAAUGGUCAAGAAAUAGAUAUCCCAAUUUCCUAUUUAACUUCAGUCUCAUCUUUGAUUGUGUGGCAUCCAGCAAACCCCGCAGAGAAAAUCAUCCGUGUCUUGUUUCCUGGAAACAGCACCCAAUACAACAUCCUGGACGGCCUGGAAAAGCUCAAACACUUAGACUUCCUGAAGCAGCCAUUGGCCACCCAAAAGGAUCUCACUGGCCAGGUGCCUACUCCUGCCACGAAACAAGUCAAACUGAAACAGAGGGCUGAUAGCCGGGAAAGCCUGAAGCCGGCCACUAAACCACUUCCCAGCAAGACUGUGCGCAAAGAGUCUAAAGAAGAAACCCCUGAUGUUGCAAAAGCUAAUCACGUGGAAAAGCCACCCAAAGUUGAAAGCAAAGAAAAGGUAACAGUGAAAAAAGACAAGCCAGUAAAAACAGAGACCAAACCUCCAGUGACUGAAAAGGAGGUGCCCAGCAAAGAAGAGCAGUCUCCAGUGAAAGCCGAGGUGGCUGAAAAGCAAGCCACAGAUGUCAAACCCAAAGUCGCCAAGGAGAAGACAGUGAAAAAGGAAACAAAGGCAAAAUCUGAGGAAAAGAAAGAGGAGAAGGAAAAGCCAAAGAAAGAAGUGGCUAAAAAGGAAGACAAAACACCUGUCAAGAAGGAGGAAAAACCAAAAAAAGAAGAGGUGAAAAAGGAAGUCAAAAAAGAAAUCAAGAAAGAAGAGAAAAAAGAACCCAAGAAAGAGGUUAAGAAAGAAACACCACUGAAGGAAGCCAAGAAGGAAGUUAAGAAGGAAGAAAAGAAGGAAAUUAAAAAGGAAGAAAAGGAACCUAAAAAAGAAAUUAAGAAGCUCCCUAAAGAUGCAAAGAAAUCACCUACUCCUGGAUCUGAAGCAAGAAAACCAGCUGCAUUAAAACCAAAAGUACCCAAGAAGGAAGAGCCCAUCAAGAAAGAUUCUGUUGCUGCUGGGAAGCCAAAGGAGAAGGGGAAAAUUAAAGUCAUCAAGAAGGAAGGCAAGGCCACAGAGGCCGCAGCCAUCAGCACUGCAGCCACCAUAGCAGCUGUGGCGGCAGCAGCUGGAGCAGUGGCCACUGGCCCUGCCAAAGAACUUGAAGCCGAGAGGUCCCUUAUGUCAUCCCCCGAGGAUCUAACCAAGGACUUUGAAGAAUUAAAGGCUGAAGAAGUCGAUGUAACAAAGGACAUGAAGCCUCAGCUGGAGCUAAUUGAAGACGAAGAAAAACUGAAGGAAACAGAGCCGGUUGAAGCAUACGUCAUCCAGAAGGAGACAGAUGUCAUCAAAGGUCCAGCUGAGUCCCCUGAUGAGGGCAUCACUACCACUGAAGGGGAGGGCGAAUGUGAACAAACACCCGAGGAGCUGGAGCCAGUGGAGAAGCAGGGGGCGGAUGACAUUGAAAAAUUUGAAGACGAAGGAGCUGGUUUUGAAGAGUCCUCAGAGACCGGAGACUAUGAAGAAAAGGCGGAGACCGAGGAGGCCGAGGAGCCAGAAGAGGACGGGGAGGACCACGUGUGCGCGAGCACCUCCAAGCACAGCCUCACCGAGGACGAGGAGAGUGCGAAGGCCGAGGCGGACGUGCGCCUCGAGGACAAGAGGGAGUCUGUGGCCAGUGGGGACGACCGAGCAGAAGAAGACAUGGACGAGGCUGUUGAGAAAGGAGAAGCUGAACAGUCUGAGGAGGGUGAUGAGGAGGACUACGAGCCUGGAAAGAUUGAAGCUGAAGACUACGUGAUGGCCGUGGUUGACAAGGCUGCAGAAGCGAGUGGUGCGGAGGAUCAGUAUGGCUUCCUUACCACGUCCACCAAGGCCUUGGGAGCCCAGUCUCCUGGCCGAGAACCUGCAUCUUCGAUUCAUGAUGAGACUUUACCUGGAGGCUCAGAGAGUGAGGCCACUGCUUCAGAUGAGGAGAAUCGAGAAGACCAGCCCGAGGAAUUCACUGCCACCUCUGGCUACACUCAGUCCACCAUUGAGAUAUCCAGUGAGCCCACCCCAAUGGAUGAGAUGUCCACUCCGCGCGACGUGAUGAGCGAUGAGACCAACAAUGAGGAGACAGAGUCCCCAUCUCAGGAGUUUGUCAACAUCACCAAAUACGAGUCUUCGUUGUAUUCUCAGGAAUACUCCAAACCUGCUGUUACACCACUCAACGGAUUAUCUGAAGGGUCAAAAACAGACGCCACUGAUGGCAAGGAUUACAGUGUGUCAGCCUCCACCAUAUCGCCACCCUCGUCUAUGGAGGAAGACAAGUUCAGCAGAUCUGUUCUACGGGAUGCUUACUAUGAAGAGAAAGAAGUGAAAGCCAGCGCCAUGUUGGAGAUCAAAGAUACCAUCUCAGCAGUCCCAGAUGAGAAACUUAGCCCAUCCAAGAGCCCGUCCCCGAGUCCAUCUCCACCAUCUCCCAUAGAAAAGACCCCCCUGGGGGAACGUAGUGUGAACUUCUCUCUAACACCCAAUGAGAUUAAAGUGUCUACAGAGGCAGAAGCAGUCCCAGUGUCUCCUGAGGUGACCCAAGAAGUAGUUGAAGAACACUGUGCUAGUCCUGAGGAUAAGACUCUGGAAGUGGUGUCACCGUCUCAGUCUGCGACUGGCAGUGCUGGCCACACACCUUAUUACCAGUCUCCCACUGAUGAAAAAUCCAGUCACCUCCCUACCGAAGUCAUUGAAAAACCACCAGCAGUUCCAGUGAGUUUUGAAUUCAGUGAUGCCAAAGACGAGAGUGAAAGGGCUUCCAUAAGCCCCAUGGAUGAGCCUGUGCCUGACUCAGAGUCUCCUAUUGAGAAAGUGUUGUCUCCUUUACGCAGCCCUCCCCUAAUUGGAUCUGAGUCUGCAUAUGAAAGUUUUCUAAGUGCUGAUGGCAAGGCUCCUAGCCGAUGUACUGACAGCCCCUUUGAAGAAAAGAAUGGAAAACAAGGCUCUCCAGACCAAGUAAGUCCAGUUUCUGAAAUGAUUUCCACUGGUCUUUACCAAGACAAAGAGGAAGGGAAAAGUACAGACUUUAUACCUAUAAAGGAGGACUUUGGUCAAGAAAAGAAAACUGAUGAUGUUGAAGCGAUGAGUUCUCAACCAGCUCUGGCUUUGGAUGAAAGGAAAUUAGGAGAUGUUUCUCCAACACAAAUAGAUGUCAGUCAGUUUGGAUCUUUUAAAGAAGACACCAAGAUGUCCAUUUCUGAAGGCACUGUCUCAGACAAGUCAGCCACUCCUGUUGAUGAGGGUGUAGCAGAAGACACAUACUCUCAUAUGGAGGGUGUGGCCUCAGUCUCCACAGCCUCUGUGGCUACAAGCUCAUUCCCAGAGCCAACAACAGAUGACGUGUCUCCUUCUCUGCAUGCUGAGGUUGGCUCUCCACAUUCCACAGAAGUAGAUGACUCCCUUUCAGUGUCUGUUGUGCAAACGCCUACCACUUUCCAGGAAACAGAAAUGUCUCCAUCUAAAGAAGAAUGCCCAAGACCAAUGUCAAUUUCUCCACCAGACUUCUCCCCUAAAACAGCGAAAUCCAGGACACCAGUUCAAGAUCACAGAUCUGAACAGUCCUCCAUGUCUAUUGAAUUUGGCCAAGAAUCUCCUGAGCACUCCCUUGCUAUGGACUUCAGUCGACAGUCUCCAGAUCACCCUGCAGUGGGUGCGAGUAUGCUUCACAUCACUGAAAAUGGGCCAACUGAAGUGGACUACAGUCCUGAUAUGCAGGACUCCAGUUUAUCACAUAAGAUACCACCAAUGGAGGAGCCGUCCUACACCCAAGAUAAUGAUCUUUCUGAGCUCAUCUCAGUAUCUCAGGUAGAGGCCUCCCCAUCCACCUCUUCUGCUCAUACCCCUUCUCAGAUAGCUUCUCCUCUCCAGGAAGACACUUUAUCCGAUGUCGCUCCUCCCAGAGAUAUAUCCUUAUAUGCCUCACUCACCUCUGAAAAAGUGCAAAGUCUGGAAGGAGAGAAGCUCUCUCCGAAAUCUGAUAUCUCUCCACUCACCCCACGAGAGUCCUCUCCUUUAUAUUCACCUAGUUUUUCAGAUUCUACCUCUGCAGUCAAAGAGAGCAUAGCAGCUUGCCACACCUCCUCUUCUCCACCAAUAGAUGCAGCAUCCGCAGAGCCCUAUGGCUUCCGUGCCUCAGUGUUAUUCGAUACAAUGCAACACCAUCUAGCCUUGAAUAGAGAUUUGACCACAUCUGGUGCGGAGAAGGAGAGUGGAGGGAAGACUCCUGGUGACUUUAGCUACACCUAUCAACAGUCUGAGAAAACAACAGGGUCCCCAGAUGAAGAAGAUUACGACUACGAGUCUUAUGAGAAAACCACCCGAACCCCAGGUAUGGGCAGCUAUUACUAUGAAAAGACAGACAGAACCACAAAAUCUCCAGGUGACAGUGGCUACUCCUAUGAGACCAUUGGGAAAACCACCAAGACCCCCGAAGAUGGUGGCUAUGCCUAUGAGAUUACUGAGAAGACCACACGAACCCUCGAAGAGGGUGGGUACUCAUAUGAGAUAAGUGAGAAGAUGACCAGGACCCCCGAAGUGAGUGGUUACAGCUAUGAAAAGACUGAGAGGUCUAGAAGGCUCUUGGAUGACAUCAGCAAUGGCUAUGAUGACUCUGAGGAUGGUGGCCACACACUUGGGGACUCCAGCUACGCUUAUGAGACCACUGAGAAAAUUACCAGUUUCCCUGAGUCUGAAAGUUACUCCUAUGAGACAUCUCCAAAAACGACAGGACCCCCUGAUACUUCUACAUACUGUUACGAGACUACAGAGAAAAUCACAAGAACUCCCCAGGCAUCUCCGUAUUCCUAUGAGACUGACCGAUGCUUCUCUGCAGAAAAGAAGUCCCCAUCAGAAGCUCGCCAGGAUGUUGAUUUAUGCCUCGUGUCCUCCUGUGAAUACAAGCAUCCCAAGACAGAGCUUUCACCCUCCUUCAUUAAUCCCAAUCCUCUCGAGUGGUUUGCCAGUGACGAGCCCACUGAAGAGUCUGAGAAGCCCCUCACUCAAUCAGGGGGAGCCCCACCACCUCCAGGAGGAAAGCAGCAGGGGCGACAGUGUGAUGAAACCCCUCCCACCUCAGUCAGCGAGUCGGCGCCGUCCCAGACCGACUCAGAUGUUCCCCCGGAGACUGAAGAGUGCCCCUCCAUCACAGCUGAUGCAAAUAUCGACUCUGAAGAUGAGUCGGAAACCAUCCCCACAGACAAAACUGUCACGUACAGACACAUGGACCCACCUCCAGCCCCCAUGCAAGACCGCAGCCCUUCUCCACGCCACCCUGACGUGUCCAUGGUGGACCCAGAGGCCUUGGCCAUUGAGCAGAACCUGGGCAAAGCUCUGAAGAAAGACCUGAAAGAGAAAACCAAAACCAAAAAGCCAGGCACGAAGACCAAGUCCUCUUCACCAGUCAAAAAGGGUGAUGGGAAGUCCAAGCCCUUGGCAGCUUCACCAAAACCAGGGGCCUUGAAAGAGUCCUCAGAUAAGGUGUCCAGAGUGGCUUCUCCUAAGAAAAAAGAAUCUGUGGAAAAAGCAACGAAAACCACCACUACCCCUGAGGUCAAAGCUACACGUGGGGAAGAGAAAGACAAGGAGACCAAGAAUGCCACCAACACGUCCACAUCCAAAUCAGUCAAGACUGCUACUGCAGGACAAGGAACCACCAAGACAGCCAAGGCCUCAGGUGUGCCUCCAGGCCUCCCUGUGUAUUUGGACCUGUGCUAUAUUCCCAAUCACAGCAAUAGUAAGAAUGUUGAUGUUGAAUUUUUCAAGAGAGUGAGGUCGUCCUACUACGUGGUGAGUGGGAAUGACCCUGCUGCUGAGGAGCCCAGCCGGGCUGUCCUGGAUGCCUUGUUGGAAGGGAAGGCUCAGUGGGGCAGCAACAUGCAGGUGACUCUGAUCCCAACUCAUGACUCAGAAGUGAUGAGGGAAUGGUACCAAGAGACCCAUGAGAAACAGCAAGACCUCAACAUCAUGGUUUUGGCAAGCAGCAGCACAGUGGUUAUGCAAGAUGAAUCCUUCCCUGCAUGCAAGAUUGAGCUGUAAAAACCAAGGCCAGCCACGCCACAGGAUUUGAACUUUGUUUCCAGAAAUUCUUCAAUUUGAAACCACCUUUUCUAAAAAGCCAAUUCGUCUAAUUAAGUUGCUGAACAAUGACCUGCCAAAUGCUA